AUGGGUCUUUUACUUUCUUUACCGCUGGCUCCAGUAAGCAUUAUUGGGUCGUGGCUCUCAUCGUGUUUAGGAGUGUCAAUAUGCACCUGUUGCAUGAACAAAAGUGUGAAUCCUUUGAUGAGGACGUUUAAGUCAUCCGUUGCGACCAGAAUAAUGUAUGCUGUGAUAUUCAUGGUAAACAGCAUAAUUUCGUGGGUAUCGCUGUCCAAUUCGUUGACAAAAUUUGUUGAAAAGCUCACCUGGGGGAUGUUUAAGUUUGGAAACAUGUUCUGCAAGGAUGAGCAAGGAUGUAUUGGUUUUACCAGUGUGCAGAGAAUCAACUUUUCUCUUGGUGUGAUGCAUUUGAUUCUUGCAGGGUUGUUGGUUGGGGUGAAGUCGACGAGAAACCCGAGAGCCGUUAUACAAAACGGGUACUGGAUCAUGAAGCUUUUCGUGCUAUUCACUUUUAUCAUUAUUAGCUACCUCAUUCCUGACAAGUUUUUUGUCAUUUGGGGCAACUACUUCUCCAUUAUCUUCAGCACCAUAUUCAUUGGGAUUGGCCUAAUUUUGUUGGUUGACUUUGCGCACGAAUGGGCAGAAACCUGCAUUGAGAAGAUCGAAGAGGGAGAGAUAUAUCUCGAUAACGGGGGCUUGGAUGACGAGGACGCAGGCGGAUACGUUUGCUGCAACUUCUACGGGUCGAAUCUGUGGAAACAGGUUCUUGUUGGAGGCACGAUGCUAAUGUACUCUGGCGUUGUUUUGAUGACGGUGCUCAUGUACAUCUACUUUGCGCAGAGCGGGUGCUCGAUGAACAAGGCUGUCAUCACGAUCAACUUACUAUUCACGCUGGCAAUCACGGGACUGUCGAUCACCCCGGUAGUGCAGGAGUACAACCCGAAUGCCGGCUUGGCACAGUCGUCCAUGUGCUGCGUCUACUGCACCUACUUGAUCUUCAGCGCCUGUUUGAGCGAGCCGGACGACAAGCUGUGCAACCCGUUGAUCAGGUCCAACGGAACCAGGACCCUGACGGUGAUUAUCGGCGCAGUCUUCACGUUUGGCGCAGUGGCGUACACUACGACGAGAGCUGCCGCCAACUCGGCAUUCAACCACAAGUACGGGUUUGAUGCUGACGACCAUUACACCACGGCCAUGGCCACUCUGAACAACGGCGCCGCUCAGAAUCCGUCCUACCACGACGACGCUGGCGCCAUCACGGAGGCCCCACGUUCCGUCAGACGGGACAUGCGCUACGAGGCCGUGAGACAGGCUGUCAACCAGGGUUCUUUGCCUGAGAGUGCUUUAACGGACCCGGCCUACUACGAUCCCGACGACGACGACGACGACGACGAGAGCCCCGCAACGGGGGAGGAGCGGGAGUACACCAAGUACAGCUACGUGCUCUUCCACAUCAUCUUCUUCUUGGCCACGCAGUACAUAGCGGCGCUCCUCACGAUCAACGUCGGGGUCAGCGACGCAGACAACGGCACCUUCGUUCCUGUUGGAAGAACCUACUUCAACAGCUGGUUGAAGAUUGUCAGCUCGUGGGUGUGUUACGCGCUGUACGGGUGGACGCUUCUUGCGCCGGCCGUUUUCCCUGAGCGGUUUGGCUGA